GCAAAAAGAAGGACAGCCACCACAUCGAUUUUUGGUUCUCUUGAAAAAUUCUGUUUUCCUCUCACAGAAGAUACGGGUACGAGUAUUUUCAUCCACAAAAUUCUUCUGCAAAAUUAUUUUUGGACCACUUGCGAGUCUCUUCCCUCCAAUAACCUCGAAGAAAGGAAACUUUUGAAGGACGUGCAAAAUGAGAAAGCGCGAAGUCGAAGAAGAAGAGGAUUCCGAAAUGGAAGUGGAUAACGAAGAAGGAAAGGUUGAUGCGGGAGAAUUGGAAGGCGGCGUCGACGACGAUGAAGGAGUGGAAAGCGCAGACGGGGCUGAACAAGACGACGAUGCCGAAAAUGAAAGAAAUCCAGUCCUCGACAACACGUUUCUUGACUCCUUCUAUGGGUUAUCUGCUGCUGACCCAAAGGAACGUUCUCGGGAAGCACAAGCUAUGCUCCAUCACUGCCUUUUAGGUGCAAGUGCCAAUUCCAAGGAUGCAGCCUACGCCUUCCGUCGACUCUUAAACGGUUUAUGCUCCGGUCGAGCAGCAGCAAGACAAGGGAAUGCGUCGGCGUUGGCAAGUUUCUUGAAAAUUGCCUUUCAUCUCGGAAAGAUGGAUGAGAUUCGAAGUGAAGCUACAAAAAGCCCUGAUGAUGGUACGUCAUCUCUUCUAAAUUACGUCCGUGAUAGACUUCUUUCUGCUACCGAUCCGCAGAGGACGGACGGAAAGAAGAAAGGGUCCGAAGAAAGGGACUACCAGUUCGGUAGGCUUUUUGGCAUUCAUGGAGUCGUCAGAAGCGGUAUUCUCCUCCUUCCUAGUGAUGAUGAUGAGAUUAGAGAUGUGGCAUCUUCUCUUGUAUCAGAUUUAAUAGAACUCUUUUGGGAGAAAAAUUGGAUGAGGGAGCCCGCUGCCCACGGAAUCACAGCUCUUCUCAAAUCAUUUCUCGUAUCCACAAAUGAAGUCAGCCAAAAGAUCGGACGUGAGAUUGUUGAAAAAAUUGUCAUACCAAAGAUAUUAAUAAUCUCUCAGAAAGACAGGAGCGUAGAAUCCGAUUUCGAGUCAUUAUUGCAGACUUACCUGCCGGAACAGGUUGGUAUUGGCGUUUACGUUCAGUCUCUGUACCAGUCAGCCGAUCUCCCUUUCCCAUUGAACGAGCCAAUUGUUUCAACAAAGACAAUUCCAUGGAUUGGUCAGGCUCUAAGUGAAACUAGUGCCAUAGUGCAACCUCGAACUCAUUUUGUAUGGGACACGUUAUGGUGCUAUCUAACGGAGAUGGUCGAGAAUGAAAAUUCAUCGAAGAAAAAGACAAAAGGGUCCACAUCGCCAUCGAAAUAUGGUAUUCGGGAGACCAUUCCCUGUGGCGAGGACACGGUUCUAAGUGUCAUUGAAUCAAUCAUGCAAAUAGUUGUCGAACAGAAACUUCUCCGGAUGGAGGAGGGCACUUCGGUGUCGAAAACAAGUCACGAGCGAAGAUCCUUAGCUCUCUGCAUUGUUAGAAAUUUGGCAGGUGCACCGUUUGUAUCUUCUAUAUCUGGUCCCACGCAGAUUCUCAUGGAUUGUGAUGCGAUCGAAAACAUAAUUCUUACUCCAGGAAUUAUUCGAUCACUCUUCAUCAACGUCAUUUGUGCUGGGAAAAACAAGCGUGAAUCUAGCCAUUUACUAAAGCCGUUGGCACUCGAUAUCUUAAGUUCGCUAGUUGAGUCAGCUGCUGCAUCUGGCGACACAGACCGGCAAUUUGCUUGUCUCAAGGCGAUUUCUAAUUGUGACCCUCGAUUUGACGCCCGUACGAAAACCAAUGCAAUUUCAAAUCUUCUAUCAUCUUCCAAUGAUCCGGUAGACGCAGCUCAGUUUAAUUUAUGGGGGAAAUACUUGACACAUCUUGAGAGUAAAAUUCUGGACUUAUGUUGUAAUACAGAAGAUUCAUCUGCCGAGGCCAACGGGUAUGUUGAGCUAAUGUAUGCUUGCGCUAAGCAUGUAGUACAUAUACCAAGUACGGGAGAAAAAAAUAAGGAUGCAGAACUCGCCAAAUGGAAAGAAACUACCGCCAACAGGGUUAUCGGGUUUUUCAUAUCAACGGCAUUUUUUGAUUGCUCCUCCGUCACGAGGCCAACGAAAACCAAGAAAGGAAAAAAAGGAGUUAAUAUGUCUCCCUCCGGCAACCUUGCUGUUGAAAGCGCAGUGAAAGUCCAAAAAUGUCUUCAGGACGGACAGCAGAUCGGAUCUGGCAUUCGGGCCAUACUUGCUGCAAGAUUUUUCAAUUUGGUAUCGGAUCUUGCAUUGACUACUCUGCGCGAGUCAAAAGAUGAUUAUAGCCUACUCGCGGUGUUGAAGAUAGUCUGUGAAAGCUGGGUCGAAUUGGAAUCCAGGAAAGCAAAACGAUUCGAAUCAACAGAGAAGGAUGACGAGGAAGCUAGCCCUGAGAGCAUUAUUAAUGAACUUGUUGGCAAACUUAAUGAACUUAGAAAGAGCCCAGACGAUGACAACGAGCAAUCUCAGGCGCGCUGUAUUACUGGCAUAACGGCUCUAGCUAUGACACUUCAGAUUCACAGAUUGAAUUGUGGCUCUGAUAGCGAUGAAAUGGAUGACGACCCCGAUGCCGAUGAGGAGGAAGAUGAAGAGAAUAUAUGCAGUGCGAUUGAAGAACUUGAUGCCAUUUCAAAGGAUUUUGUAAAAGCCGAAGAAGCUGAAUCUAAUCCACUUCUUGGACUUGCUGAGGUAUGUGCGAAUAUUCUCUCAUCACCUCUUGGAUCCGGCGAUAUUGGUAGAGGGGCAGCCCCCAAACUUGUCCGUGAGGCAGUCAGGUGUGCAUGGCUCGGAGGUUUGAAUCUGGCCUCUAAAAUUGCAACUAAGGAGAAAUCUCUUCUGGAUAAGACAGUUGUGAACUUGUUGCUGGAUGGAAUUGGUGCAUCGGCCUCUGAUGAUGCAAAUCCUGAGGACGAUGAUGAAGCAGAUGCCAAUGCAGAAGAUGACGAAAGUGAUGGAGAUUCAGACGAUGAUGAUAUAGUUUUUUCGAAGGCCGCAAAUGCGUUGGACGACGAUGAUGAUAUGGAAACCGAAGAACCCGAAAAUUCUGAUCGAGAUGAUGACGAAUCAGAUAUCGAACUUGAUCCUAGCAAACUUCAUUCAAUGCUSGAAGACGACAAUCUCGAUGAUGUCGAUGAUAUUGUCCUGGAACAUCACGAAGGAGCCGAUGCAGCACUUGCGAAACUGAUUAAAUUAAAACAGGAGGCUCGGAAAGCUGGAAUAGAAGCUCGGGAAAAAAUCGAGUUGGCAAAUCAGUAAGUAAAGUUAUGAUCUUGAUCAUCGAUAUGAACUUGAAAUCCUUUGUGUCUCGUUCAAACUAUCUUCUCACCGUGGAAUGUUUCCAUCUAUCCUGCCUUAGACUCCGCUGUGUGUUCCUCAUUGAGCUAAUGUUGACAAAAGCAGAUUCAUGGAGCAAUCUUUUCCAAAUUAAUACGAUCCAGGAACUGGUAGUUCCGCUGCUUGAUCGCCGUAAAAGAAUUGGAAAGUCGACACAAAAGGCGAUUGAAAGCGGAGGAAAGUCUGGAACUGACCUGAGGAAACAAUUGCUACAACGUGUGACUAACUUGAUCAAGCAAAAGUUGACCAAAAUUCGACUCACAUCGAUGCCUCUUACAUGUCCCAUUGACAGCGACGCAGCUACGAGUGCGAUCCGGCAAAUUAUGAAGGAAGCGAAGAAUUCUAAAGACAAAGAAUACCAAAGCUGCUGUAGCAGUAGUCUUAUUUUUCUUUUCCGUAUGAUGCCAACUUCAGAUGAUCUGAUCUYAUUUGCUUCCACCGAAUAUGGAGACAUAGUACAAAAGUGGUCCACAAAGCGAGGUAGCGGAGCCUCUCUACUGGAAGACUUUAUUUCUCACAUACCGGCGUUGGCACAGGCCUCACUUCACGGRCCUCUGAUCCGUGCAGCAGAAGAUGCCAGAAAACCCAUCCUGAAAAUGGAAGUUUUCCGUUUGUUGUCACUUUUGUUUGCAAACAAGUCAAAUGCCGAAGGAGAAUCAGAGAUUGAAACACAAUCGCGUGCUAAAAUACAUGAAGCUCAAGAUGGCCUUCUCAGUAUGAUAUACAAAACAUUACAAGAUGAAGAAAUGGCGACGCCAAAACGUGCAAGGGGCGUUUUUAUUGCACUCGAGAAAAUGCUUCCAUUUCUCUCGUCUCCAGCGUCCAAUCAAGCUCUGGACUCGAUGGCAAGUAUCAAGAUCGAAAUAAGUGGGCUAGGAGAGAAACACGAUGGUCUCAAAGUCAUUGCGUCAAAACUAAUCGAGCAAAUCAAUGUAAAACUUGAAACAUUUAAAGCUGCUCCUCCAGCGAUACCACAGGGUGAGAAAGGAACAAAACAGUCAUCGUCAACCAAAAAAUCAAAGAAGAAGAAGAAGAAGAAAAAGCUAUAUUGAAGUUAAACACAGUACAACCUC